AUGGGCCUCUUGCCGUUUCCCGCGUCUGUGCGGCCUGUGUUUGCCCGGGUGUUCCUGCCGCUCCGUAUGCCGUGUGGGUUCGGCGCUGCGUGCGGCGGCAGUCGAGGCGGGCAGGAGUCUGGACUUCUCCCCAGCAAUCCGCGGCGCUACAAGUUCUCAUCAGGCCCGAAUCUGCUGCUGCCGCCCUACUCUAUCGCAGACAUCCGAGUGACGUGUGAGGCGUUGAGAGCACGGCCGUACUGGAAUGAUAACAUCAACGUGGAGUGCUACCGUGCUGCUGAUGAAUCCCUGCCGCUUUCCAUCGAUAAUGACGCAGCACCGCUGAUCGGAGUAGCCAAGCUGCGCCUGCCAGUGCUCUUCCAGGACUUGGGCGGCCCUCUCUCCUCCUCCCCCUCCAUCUUCUCCUCCUCGUCCCUCUCUCGCGCCGCCAACACGAGCAUGAGCGGGAGUGCAAGUGCGAGUGCGCGGGCGUCUAUAGCGAGUGGCAGUGUGCGCGCGGAUAGCGCCAGCAGUAGUGUGCUCAACUCAGCAUGCGAUGAUUUUUUAGAUGCUGCUCGCAGCGUGGGCGAGGCACAGGUGAAGCACCGGGACGAGUUCAUAUCGGAGCUGGGCCAGGCGCUCACAGACAGCAAGAAGCAGGCCACUGCUCUACUACACGAGGUGGAGGAACUCAAGUGGCAGCUGGGGCAGGCGCAGCACCAGAGCAAGCACCUUAAGUCACGCGUGAAGGACUAUGAGGCGUUGGGGAGGGGCGAGGGGCCAGGCGGUGUGGAUGAGCGCAUAGAGGUGCUGCGCACACACCUCGCAGAGGCGGAAUGGAACGCGGAGCAGGCAGCAACAGACGUGUGGGAGAAGGACAAGGAGAUCAAGGACCUCAAGGCCAAGCUGGCGUCCAUGGAGCUGGAACUGCAGGCAAUGACAGAGCGGGAGGAGGCGGUGGUGGCGCUGCAGGAGCGCACAGAGGAGAAGCGCGCGGGGCUAGAGGAGGAGCUGGCGCAGGUGCAGGAGGAGAUGCAGCGUGUGGCACGGCGCAAGGCCGACCUGGAGGCGGACAUGCGCAGGCGCGUGAUGGAGGCGGAAUCAGCCAUGGCGGCAGCGCAGGCGCGGGAGAAGGGGUUGGAGGAGCGACGCAGGGCGGCGAUGGUGGAGGAGCGGAGGCUCAAGGCGCGCGUGCUGGAGCUCAAGACAGAGGUGGCGCGCGCUGGCACUCACAGCACCUCCUCGUUCAAGGCUGUUGCACAAGUGGCAGCGCUGCGGUUCCAGAAGGAGCGACUACUGCGGGAGAAGGAGAACCUCGAGAAGAAGCUCAAGGAGGCAACAGGGGGGGCCGCUGGGGCUGCAGCGGCAGUGGCAGCAGUGGCAGGGGAGGCUAGCAACGAGACAGUGCAGAAACUGGAGCAGGAGCUGGCACACAUGCAGGAGAUGCUGGAAGCAGAGAGGAGCGCAGCAGCAGAGGCAGCGGCACAGCGAGAGGCGAUGAGGGGAGAGGUGGAGGAGCUGAGACGCGAGGUGGAGGCACUGAGUGCUCGCAGCAAGGAGGAGGCCGAUGGGCAGCAAGCAGAGGAGCAGGAUCCGAUCGCGAGUGCAUCGGAGGAGGAGUUGAGGGAGCAGCUGCAGAGUGCAUUGGAGCAGUGGGAGAAGACCAAGAACUUUUCCCGCCUCCUGCAGGGGCAGGUGUUUGAGCAGAAGAAGCGUAUAAGAGAGCUCGAGGGGGAACUCAAGCGGUCAGACGCAGGCCCGCUAAAGGAGCGCCUGGAGAAGGUGGAGGAGGAGGCACGUGCACUUGGGCAGUAUGUGGAGCAGCUGGAGCGGGAGAGGGCACAGGGCGGGGCGGAUCCAGCAGAGGUGGAGGCGAUGAGGGCGAACCUGCAGGCGAUGCGCGAGGAGGUGGGGCAGCCACCCCCUCUGCCUGCCCCCUCCUUUCCCCUGUCCCCCUCCUCAUCCCCCCUGCCUUUUUCUGCACCCUCUGCUUCCCCCUAUUCCCCCCUGUUCCCCCCUGCCCCCCCUGCUCCCCCACCUGCUUCCCCCUCCCCCCUGUUCUUCUACCCCCUGCUGUCCCCCUCCCCCCUGUUCUAUUCUAUCGACCCCCCCUUGACAGGGCGGGGCGGAUCCAGCAGAGGUGGAGGCGAUGAGGGCGAACCUGCAGGCGAUGCGCGAGGAGGUGGGGCAGCCACCCCCUCUGCCUGCCCCUCCUUUCCCCUGUCCCCCUCCUCAUCCCCCCUGCCUUUUUCUGCACCCUCUGCUUCCCCCUAUUCCCCCCUGUUCCCCCCUGCCCCCCCUGCUCCCCCACCUGCUUCCCCCUCCCCCCUGUUCUUCUACCCCCUGCUGUCCCCGUCCCCCCUGUUCUAUUCUAUCGACCCCCCCUUGACAGGGCGGGGCGGAUCCAGCAGAGGUGGAGGUGAUGAGGGCGAACCUGCAGGCGAUGCGCGAGGAGGUGGGGCAGCGGCGCAUGGAGCACGAGCACCUCAUGCAGGAGCUGGUGUGUGCACACAGGGGGGAGGGGGAGGGGUUAGGGGGAGGGGUUGGGGGGAGGGGGGGGAUAGGGAGGGAGGAAUGGGGUGUGGAAGGGAGGUGGGGCAGCAGCGCAUGGAGCACGAGCACCUCAUGCAGGAGCUGGUGUGUGCACACAGGGGGGGGGAGGGGGGGAGGGGGGGAGGGGGGGAGGGGAUGGUGUGGUUAGAGGGUGAGGGGAUGGUGUGGGGAGGGGGGGAGGUAUUGGUGUGGGGAGGGUGGGAGGGGAUGGUAUGGGGAGGGGGGGAGGGGUUGGUGUGGGGAGGGGGGGAGGGGAUGGUGUGGGGAGGGGGGGAGGGGUUGGUGUGGGGAGGGGGGGAGGGGUUGGUGUGGGGAGGGGGGGAGGGGAUGGUGUGGGGAGGGGGGGAGGGGAUGGUGUGGGGAGGGGGGGAGGGGAUGGUUUUUGAGUGUACGCAGAAGAGCACGGGCAGCUUCUGCAGGAGCUGGUAUGCGUAUACAAAGAAGGGGGGAAGAGGUGGGGGGUCGGUGCGCGCUCACAGGGGGGAAGGCGAUGGGGUGAGGGGAGCAAAGGGCACGGGAAGCGGGGGGAGAGGGGGAAAGGGGCGGGUGGGGUGGAGGCGAGUAGCUCUCGUGCAGGAGCUGGUGAGUAAGGGCACGCAUGGGAGGAAGAUGAAGGGUUUGGGUGCAGAAGAGUGGUGGGGCGGGGUGCAGAAGAGUGGUGGGGCGGGGCGCAGAAGAAAGGGGCAGGCAGAGGGGGAAGGGGGUAGACUUGAACAUUAUGCACCGCAACCAUCAGGAGCAGCUCGUCUUUUGAGUCGUCUCAAGAGCCCCCCACAAUCCCCUCCCAUGCUCCUCCCCUCCCCCUUUGAGCAGAACAUUAUGCACCGCAACCAUCAGGAGGAGCUCGCCGAGGCUCACCGCCAGCGUGAUGCAGCGACGGGGGAGCUGCGGGCGCUGCAGCGGCAGCUGGAGGAGGAGGAGGAAGCGCGGGCGGAGGCGGAGAGGAGGCGCGUGGAGAGCGAGAGGCGGCGUGCAGCGGUGGAGCAGGAGAGGAACGAGAGUGAGAUGGAGGCGAGCACUCUCAAGCAGAAGCUGUCCCGCCUGCAGCGUCAGCUGUCGGAGCUGAGCUACGCGCGCAGCAAGAGCGGGGAUCAGGAGGAGCGGGCGGUGAAGGAGCAAGCAGGCAAGGUGGCACAGCUACAGGAGGAGGUGGAGCGGCUGGGCAAGAUGGAGCAGGAGGCGGAGCGACUCAGAGCUGAAGUCAUGGCCAGGGACGCCAAGCUCAAGGCAGAGGAAGCAAAGAUAACACAUUUCGCAUCCAAGCUGAGGGAGGUGACAGAAGUGAACGAGACCAUGGAGAGGAAGUUAAGGGAGCAGAGCGCAAUGGAAGCAGCCGUUUACGAGGUGACAGCAGCAGACACGAGGAAGUCAGGGCACGUGGUGAGGCUGAGGAAGAAAACGGCCUACAGCUGUGCCGUGUGCAAGCUCGCAGGCAGGGGGCUGUGCUGGCGCUGCACCCACUCCACGUGUGCAGAUUACAUCCACCCGCAAUGCCUCACCAAGGGGUGA